CUUUUGUGAAUGAAAUAUUAAGAAAUCUUAGUUAUUGCAAUAUUGAUUACUGCUUUUGUCACCCAGGAUACUGCCAUUCAGACUUCUACCAUAGGAUUCCAAUUUAAAUCUUUGCAGCAAGACUUUGAGAAGUACAUUCUAUCUCUAAUUGAGGUUUCUAUGCUCAUAAACGAAUGUAUACAGUUUAUAGAGAAUGACAAAAUAGGUGAGUUUAUCGCCUCUGCCUAAAAGUUUCCUGCUAUAGGAUCAAGGAUCCUUGCUGAAUGUAUCCCAGGGUAACUAUCCUAAUUGCUUGAAUAACUUCAUUACCAACACUUAAAACAUUGAUGUAAUCUCUGAAUUUGAGUAUGGCUAAAUCCUCGACUUUAUGAUCAUAUUGGAGGAUUUGGGACUAAUUUUAGCUUUCAGGCUAACGACUCGUCUUAUAUAUUUUCCUUGUUUUUUUUUCUUCAGAAAUUGGAAUUUAUUACUGCUUAUUGGCAACUGGGAUUAGCUUGCUUUGUUGAGGUUCUUGGAAAUUUAGGAUAAAUAUGUAACUUAUUAAAUUGU